GGAAACGCCCACUAUGACUUCCGGGGUGAGAGGUCGCCGGAGGAUCCAAGAUGUCUGCGCCCGACGAGCUGUUCUGCUGGGAGGGCGACUGGGGACUCCCGUCCGUGGACCCCGACUGUCUAGUCCUACUGGCCUACGCGAAGUUCGCCGGGGCUCCUCUCAAAGUCCAGAAGAUCUCCAACCCAUGGAGAAGCCCCUCAGGUUCUCUUCCUGCCCUUAGGACGAACAAGGGGGAGGUCCUCUCGAGGACGAGUGACAUCAUCAUCCACCUCCGGAAGCAGAAAUACAACGCUGACUACGACCUGUCGGCCCGGGAGGGGGCGGACACACUGGCCUUCAGCUCGCUGCUGGAGGAGAGGCUGCUGCCGGCCCUGAUCCACACCUUCUGGAUGGACAGUAAGAACUACGUGGAGCUCACGCGGCGCUGGUACGCGGAGCACCUGCCCUUCCCCCUCAGCCUGGUGGUCCCGGGACGCAUGCAGGCCGCGCAGCAGGCCCGCCUCCGCCUGGCCCGCAGCGACGAGGCGCUGGACGGGGGGGAGGAGCUGGAGAAGGAGCUCUACCACGACGCGGCCGAGUGUAUGAACCUGCUGUCCCAGCGCCUCGGCACCAGCAAGUUCUUCUUCGGAGACUCCCCCUCCUCCCUGGACGCGGUGGUCUUCGGACACCUGGCCCCCCUGCUGAAUGCCAAGCUGCCCAACGCCAAGCUGCAGCAGCAGCUCAAGUCCCUGGACAACCUGACCCUCUUCUGCUCCAACAUCCUGCUGCUCUACUUCCCCGGCGACGGCCGAGAGAACGCGGGGCGCAAGGCGUCCUCCCCCGCCGAGGGGGGCGACUUCGACCACGUGCCCAACAAGCGCCGCAAGCAGAUCCUGUCGGCGCUGACGGCGGUGGGCGCCAUGCUGGCCUACGCCCUCUUCACCGGCAUCCUGUCCGUCAGACACGUCCACCAGAGGGCGCUGGAGGCCUCCCCGGGCCGGACCGCCGCCGACGAUGAGGAGGACGAGGACGAGGACUGAGGAAGAGGAGGAGCGGGAUGGGGAGGAGGACUGAGGAUGCUGUUCUUUAUUUAUCUUCCUCUGAGGAACAGGAAGUGUUGCCAUGGACACUAGGGGGAAUUUGCUUUGUUAAGGGGGUCUCUCGUUAAGGGGGUCUCUCGUUAAGGGGGUCUCUCGUGAAGGGGUCUCUAGUUAAGGGGUUUCUCGUUAAGGGGGUCCCUCGUUAAGGGUUUCCCUCGUUAAGGGGGUCCCUCGUUAAGGGGGUCUCUCGUUAAGGGGGUUUCUCAUUAAGGGGAUCUCUCAUUAAGGGGUCCCCAUUAAGGGGGUCUCUUGUAGGAGCUGGCUUGGCCAUUGAGCCAGUCCUCACUAAUAACAAAAUGAUUGUGGAAACACUAGGGAGCAAUGAUGGAAACGGCCCAAGAAAUGAUAGGAGUCCAACUUCAUUCCACUUCAGUUCGAUCUGAUUGGCUGCUUGGCUGAACCAAUCGCGCCAAAAUCAGUUGAGUUGCAGCCUACUAUACUCUGCUGAUAGCCAAUGAGAGGCUAGCCAUGGUCAUUAUGGCUUGUUGUCUGGUUGUAAAGAAUAUAUAUAAUAAAAUAUUUCCAGUGAG